CUUGUAGUCAUCUGCGGGUCUGUCCAUUGUUGGGGGAACAGAACGCGAGUUGAGAUUGAUAUACGGGGGCCGAAGGCGAGAGGCGCAUAUCAUCAGCGGACCAGCUGCGGUGCAGGCGGUGGUAGUCAACAAGUCCAGAACGCAUCCUUCCAGACAUGGGUUUCUAUGACUGCUGUAUGCGCUGUUUGGGUGGGGUGCCAUAUUGCUCCCUUGUUGCCACGUUGCUGUGCUUCUCUGGCAUUGCCCUCUUCUGCGGUUGUGGGCACCAGGCACUCACAGAGACAGAGAGACUCAUAGAGACUUAUUUUGCCCGUAACAUUCAAGACUACAUCACCCUUGCCUACAUUAUUCAAUAUUUCCAGUAUGUCAUCUACGGUUUGGCCUCAUUUUUCUUCCUCUACUGCAUCGUGCUGCUGGCUGAGGGCUUCUACACCACAAGCGCUGCCAAGCAAACCUUUGGAGAGUUCAGGAGCACCAUGUGUGGCCGCUGCCUCAGCUCCUCGUUUAUCGUGAUGACAUAUGUACUCGCUGUACUGUGGCUGUUGGUGUUUGCCUUCUCGGCGUUGCCAGUCUAUUUCUUUUACAACAUGGAUGCAACUUGCCACACCAUUGAUGUUCUGACUGAGACUCCAGCAAGUAUCAACCAGCUCUGCGUUGAUGCAAGGCAAUACGGACUCUUACCAUGGAAUGCAGUUCCAGGGAAAGCUUGUGGUAUGACCUUAUCCAAUGUUUGCAAAACCAGAGAGUAUCGCAUGACCUAUGACCUGUACAUUGCUGCCUUCGCCGGCGCAGGCAUCACUCUCUUGGCUCUGCUGACCUAUACUGUGUCAACUACCUAUAACUUUGCGGUACUACGGUAUCUUGGAAGAAAGGGCAUAGGUGCACGGUGUUAGGCACCCAACUUCCUGUCUACUCUGUCACCACUUUAUCAUCGGCAUGGGGAUCUAAAGGGAUGGCAACACCUCUAUCCUUUCAUCUGCACUAAACCACCUCAUGUGAUCAUGGACUUUUGAAGAUCUUGUGUUUUUAUAUUUUUACUUGUUGUAAGGAUGUUUGUUUUCUUCUUUUUCUGUUUUUAAUGGUGUAAUUGCUGUUUUGAUCACAUGUCUUAAGUAUUAUUUCCUUUUGUCACAUCAGCAAAAUACUUAUUUUCCUUUUUUUUUUUUUUUAUAGUUGCUCACCUGAAGAUAGUGUUAAAAACUAAUUUCUGCCUCCCACUCUAUUCAAGACACAGAUAACGUGCCACUAAUGAAUUAACACAUCAGUGAUCAGCAAUUUAUAACAUGGACAAGUAGUAGCAGCUGUUAGGAGAGAACAGGGAAUUAGAGGUUACCAUGGCUACUACCCUUCACAUCUGGUUGCCAUGGGGGCAGACAAGCAUGCAUAUGGAGUCUCACGCUGACCUCAGGACUUUUCUCACGGGCUAGAGAAAAGCCACAACAAUGGAGUCAUGCCUGUUUCAAAAGCUAGCCAAUAAGGAGCCGGCUCUGGGGGCCACCUGGGCUAUGAGCCUCUGCCAAAGGGUUAUAUUACAUGUCAAAGGAUAGGGCCUUCAGGACAAAGAGAGGGUUAGACCUCAGUGAAGCCUCAAUGCAGCUUUUCUGGGAUCACAACCACAUGCACAUCCACAUGCUGCUGCAUGACCCUCCCACCCACCUCCCCUCAAAUAAUGGAAAAGAUGGAUUCAGAGUAAGGGGACUUAAGGAAUUUUAGGGUAUUUUCCAUAGACUCUUACUGACAAAUGGGUAAGUAUUGUUUAGAUCUAGUGAGGUCUGAAAUUGUUUCUCAUUACUGUGAGAUGGCAAAAGCACUAGGUGCUAACUUAUGAAGUAACCUUGUGAUAUUACACCAAAACACAUGGCUGAGGUGUGUUCCUCCUGCUAUUUGAUGCACGACUAAGGUACUUUUCCAGAGAAAGAACAGCUUUGUUUUGCUCUAAUUCUUUAGGAAUCUUGUCGUAGUUAUUGUAUAACACAUUUUUAAGUAUUAUAGCUAAUUUCACUGAUAAUUUUAAUUUUGAGUAUUACUAACACAAGUUUCUGCAACAUAUAAAGUAGAUUAGUCUUUUUGGUGAAAUCUUGCUUAGCUGUGACUGGUGGAUUUGUAAGGAGGCAGCUGGAUGGUAGUUUGUUUUUUAUUUUUGUUUUGGUUUUGUCUAGUCUAUGUGUGCAUGCGUCAGUAAUAUAAGAUUAGGGAAUAAAAUUAAUGCUUUGAAGACUUUAUACACUGUGCCUUUGGAGUCCAUGUGAAAGCCCAGCAAGUGUUUAACUGGUGCUCCACAGUUCCUGCCACAUAUAGGAAGCAGUGUUUUGUUGUUUCGUAAGGUGUUUUGUAUUCUCUCCAUAUGUCCACAGGUUCACUGUUGCCUUCACUUGGCUGUAUACCAGGUGUAUCUGAAAAUGCUAAGGCACAAGGUGAAAGAGGAGAGGAGAAGUUAUGACCUGUACAGGAGGAUGCAAAGGGACAGAGGAGGGAUACUGUGCUCCCCGUACCCU